AUGGGCGAGAAGGAGACACUAAUAUUAAACGAAUCCGUCGAAGCUCCGGAAAAUGCUGUCAAAAAUAAAGCGAAUGCAAAAGUACCUUGGUACUUUGCGAGUGGUUUUCUGCUAUUCUGGGGACUCCUCUUCUUUGCAAUAGUAAUACCAUUUUUCUAUCGGUUACCCACGGCUCUAACAAUGGAGGACGCAAACAGAAGUGAAUUCAUAGCGGAACGUGCAUACAAAACACUGUACACUUUGUCUAAUAUAGGAGCCAAAAUGCUUGGCAGUAGAGAAAAUGAAAUUGAGGCCGUACAAUAUCUUCUAAAGGAGCUGAACCAGAUUAGGGAAGAUUCGCUGAAAGAUUACUUUGAUAUUGAAAUUGACUUAUCGCAAGUCUCUGGCGCAUUCGCAUUAAAAACUUCACUUAGGAUGUACCAAGGAGUUCAAAAUAUUGCUGUGAAAUUGACACCUAAAAACACCACAAGCGAGUCCUAUCUUCUCGUCAACAGUCACUUUGACUCGAAGCCAGCUACUCCCUCUGCCGGUGAUGCAGGUUUUAUGAUAGUCACGAUGCUGGAAGUGUUGCGUGUAAUUGCGACAACAAGGCAAACUAUCCAGCAUCCUGUCGUCUUUCUAUUCAAUGGAGCUGAAGAAGGCGCUUUGGAGGCUUCACAUGGUUUUAUAACUAAGCACAAAUGGGCGUCACACUGCAAAGCCGUCGUUAAUCUUGACGCUGGCGGUAGUGGCGGUCGGGAAGUUCUAUUCCAAAGUGGACCCGAUCAUCCAUGGCUCGUAAAAUACUACAAAAGAUUUAUUAAAUAUCCAUUCGCUACAACUAUGGCUGAAGAAGGUUUCCAAUCAGGCACAAUACCAUCGGAUACAGACUUUCGACAAUUUAACAUGUAUGGCAACCUACCAGGUUUGGACAUGGCCCAAUGUAUAAAUGGAUUUAUAUACCAUACAAAGUACGACGUAAUCGACAUAAUACCUCUUGCAUCCCUGCAGAAUACAGGGGACAAUGUUCUUAGUUUGGUUCGAGGUUUGUCAAAUGCAACCGAAUUAUAUGAUACAGAGGCACACAAAACGGGACACGCUAUAUUUUUCGAUUUUCUGGGACUCUACUUCAUCCAUUAUUCAGAAACUACCGGAAUAUGUUUAAACUUUUGCGUUGCCGGAGUUUCCCUAGUUUUGGUUUCCGUAUCAGUUCGCAUGUCAGCUCUUUCCCACUUAGCCAUUUCCCAAUUCGUACACUGGUUUAUAUUAGUCCUAAUCGUUCAGGCUGUUUCCUUUGUACUUGGACUGGCUCUUCCUAUAGUGGUGGCAUAUGUAUUUGACAAUUUGGGAAUAUCGCUGUCUUACUAUAGCACUCCGUUGCUAAUGAUCGGUCUUUACGUGUGCCCAUCCCUCAUGGGCCUUAGUUUGCCCAUAACAAUAUACUAUACUUUCCAAAGCAAUGAUAAAAUAUCAAACGCCUACCAUCUCCAAUUGGCAUUGCAUGCUCAGGCCGUGAUACUGGCUGUUUUAACUAUUGGUAUUACAUUAUUUGGCUUGCGUUCUGCGUAUAUAUUCGUUGUUCCACUAAUUUUCUAUGUGUUAUCUCUGGCCUUAAAUUUAUUGACUACUCUGCACGAUCGUGGCUAUGCCUGGACGGGUCUGCUUAAGGCAAGCCAGAUAAUUCCUUUCCUAUACAGCAGCUACCUCUUUUACUUCUUUGUUGUGGUUCUAACUCCGAUGGGUGGUCGCUCAUUCAGUUCAUCAAAUCCGGACCUAAGUAUUGCGCUCUUGUCAGCGGUGGGAACGGUUCUUUCGUUUGGCUUUUUGAUUCCGCUAAUCAACACUUUUCGUCGACCCAGCAUUGUAAUUUUCACUCUGUUUAUUAUCUCUGGCCUCUCAAUGUACUUGGCCAGUAGCACCCAAAUAGGCUUUCCCUACAGGCCUAAGACCAACGUACAGCGAGUUGCAUAUCUGCAAGUGCGGAAUAUAUUCUACGAAUACGAUGGUACUGUCAGUAAGGACGAGUCUGGCUACCUAUUUAAUUUUCAGGAUCGCCGGGAAGAAAAACCCCUCUUGGACACAAACGUAAAUCUGACAGGCUUGGUUAGCAUUAAAUCGAAAUGUGAGCAGCACAUGAUGUGCGGCAUGCCAUUAUAUGAUUCAAGCUACGUUCUGAAUCGACUUCAAGCCAAAUGGUUGCCACGCUUGGAACCUAUUGAACCACCAGCAUUAACAAAAUUGGAGAUGUUAAACAAAACCGUACUUAAUUCCACCACGGUCCGAUUCGACUUCUAUUUGGAGGGUCCCCCCCAAAUGAGACUGUUCAUUCAGCCGUAUGAAGAUGUUUUAGUAAGCAACUGGUCCUUCUUGGAUAGCUAUCUUGAGACACCUUUAACGCCACCGUUGCCAUACUUUAUCUCUUUUAACUAUGGCAUUGACAGCUCCCCAUUGAAAUUUUUCUUGGAAUGCUCGAAACCGAACGGCGAUUUCAAUGUCCCCAUACUCCAACUGGGUGUUUCCAGACACUAUAUUGGAAAUGAAGGUGAUGCCCAGAGUGUGAAGUUCGCCUCUUCAUUCCCCUCAUUUGCAACUCUGGCACAGUGGCCAGCAUUAUACCAACGAUAUAUUUUUUAA